GUUAGGUCUUCGUUUUUGUUUAUUUGAUUUUGCGCGGCACAAUCAUUCGCGGAGAGUGGUGCAAUGGAGUUCGGAAGGAGCUUGGUUUCUUCUCCAACGCAAUUAUCAUUCCGAGCUACUCAUUUUAGAAACUGUUCGGCCUCUUCUAAUUCAGUUCUGCUGCUUCAUGAGCAAGUGACUCCUGUUGUUACGUCUUUGUCGACUAUUUCUUUUGCUGGAUGCUCGCCCACUUCUGUUCUUGCUCAGGAACAACGGAAUGAUAGUAGGCAGCUUUUAUGCUUAAAGGAUGACACCACAUCUCAGUUAAAGCAAGCAAGCCAGGUUGUAGUGGCACCUAAUCAUUCAACUGAUGAAAGGGAUGACAAUGUCGAUCCUGAUCUAAAUGAUUUUCGGCUUCAGUUGCUACGCAGGCCAGAGUUAUGGUAUUUAUGGUUGUCAUUCCAGAGAAAGGAACAGUACUUUCCUAACGAAACAAAGUUCAACCAAACACUCGAUACCGUAGACACGGAACAUGUUAUUGCCCUUGCAAAAGAAGCUUUUGCUGCAAGCAAGGAGGCAGCAACAAUCGCAAAAGAUGCUAAAUUAUUUGAAUCAGGUUUGACAUGGGCCAAUAUGCAAAGAACUGUGAGGUCAACGCGUCUUCUAGAAAGGCAAGCGAAGAGAAGGAGGGUGCCCAAACAUAACGUCGAGGUUCAGGAGACUCACCAUAGUAGGAAGGUGGAACAACUUAGAAAAUCGAGUGAAGAAUUUGAUCCCAAUGACCCUCUUCGAUUAUUCUUGUCAGGACCAGAAACAACACAACUUUUGACUGCAAAAGAGGAGUCGGAGUUAAUAGCAAAGAUACAGGAUUUGAAGAAACUACAAGAAGUUCGAAUGCAACUUCAAUCGCAAUUUUCGCGUGAACCCACUCUACUUGAGUGGUCUGCUGCAGUCGGGCUUAGUUGCCAAGCCUUGCAGUCCGAGCUUCGCUCCGGGAAUCGCAGUCGGGAGAAGUUAAUUUAUGCUAAUUUCCGUUUGGUUGUUCAUAUCGCGAAGCAGUACCAAGGGCGCGGUCUGAAUCUUCAGGAUCUUAUGCAGGAAGGAAGCAUGGGUCUGAUGAGGAGCGUCGAGAAGUUUAAGCCGCAAGCCGGUUGCAGAUUCGCCACUUACGCCUACUGGUGGAUAAGGCAGUCGAUUCGGAAAUCUCUGUUUCUACAUUCUAGAACCAUCCGUUUACCGGAAAAUGUGUACGCCCUCCUGUCGAAGGUUUACGAAGCGAAAAAGUUAUGCUUUCAGCAAGGUAAUCACAAUCCGACAAAAGAAGACAUAGCAAGAAACGCCGGAAUAUCCGUGGUGCGACUAGAAGAAUUGCUAUAUACAUCUAGAACUCCUCAAUCGAUACAACAGCCCGUCUGGACCGAUCAAGAUACUACAUUACAGGAGAUAACCGCCGACACCGCAAUCGAAUCCCCCGACGUUUGCAUUGCGAAGCAGCUUAUGCGAAAACACGUCCGCGGUCUCCUCAACGUUCUCAGUCCUCGCGAGAGGAAAAUCAUACGGCUGAGAUUUGGCAUCGAAGACGGUAAGCAGCGAUCGCUGUCUGAAAUCGGCGAUUGUUUUGGAUUGUCGAAGGAAAGGGUUCGACAACUCGAGAGUCGAGCAAUGUACCGGCUGAAACAGUGCCUCAAUAGCCACGGCCUCGCAGCCUACGCGGAGAUGAUCGUAUAAAACGGCGACGGUAAUGUAAUGUACAUAUAAAACUGCUAUGUAUAACAUUAUUUAUAUAUCGAGAUUACGUUCCCGAUC